CCGCACUGGGUCCCGCAGCGGGACCUCCCACCCGGGAAGGGAUGGGGGAGGCGAGCCGGGCUCCGGCCGCCACAUGCGUCGCAGUUUUAGCUUCUCAAGACUUUAAUGAAAAUGUGAGAAGGUGGUGAAGAGAAUGGCCUCUGAAUGCCUAACAACCUUGUCCCAGAAAUUGUUAACACUGCAAGAUGUGCUUGUAGCCUUUAUCCAAGAGGAAUGGUACCUGUUGGAUCCUGCUGAGAAGGACCUUUUCUGGAAUGUGAUGCUUGAAAACUAUCAGAACUUUGUCUCCCUUGCAUCUUUCCAAAUGUUUCCUGAUGAGCAAGGACUUCCAGAUUCCAUACCACUUCUGAUUUCUCAGUUGGAGAGAAGAGAAGCCCUGUGGCUACCAAUGGAAGCAGUCCUGAAAAGCAUUUAUGUGGAACAAGCCAAAUCCUGCUUGCUGUGAGAAUCCAUCAUAUGCUUGAAGUCAACCGUGAUAGAUAGCCUGUUUUCAAUUCUUCAGGUAAAAUACCCUCAGUUGAUCCUCCUAUAACAUGAACUAACACACCAUUCACCAGUAUGGUUGCUUUCCUCCAGAGUACUUAAGCUUAUCUUUCCUAAAAUAUGGUAUGCAAAUCUGAUGACAAAAUUCUAAAUCUAUUCUAGCUGAGAUGCACAUUCACAAGACUGUCACUCAUGGUCUUAUUCCUCUCCUAACAUAGCCUAAGACUGAAUUUGCUAUUUUGGCUGCCCUUUCACUCUUUGACUCCUUAAUGAGCCUGUUAUCCACCAGAAUUCCAGAUCUUUUUCUUAUGCUCUUCUAGCCAUCCCUCUACCUUUUAUGUGUGUAGUUGAUAUUUUGAACUCAACUGUAAAAUUUUCCACUUUUUUAUUUCAUCGUAUUCAGUUUGGCCCAAUGUUGUUGGAAAUCAAGAUCUUUUGGAAUCUUGGCUGUUAUUAGCUGCCCCUGGCACAUUUGUAUCAACUGCACAUCAGAUAACCAUGGCACAUACACCCUUAGCUAAGCUGUUAAUUGAAAUAUUAAACAGAUCAGGGCCUAGCACAAAUCCCAGGAACAUUGCACCAAAAAUUUCCUUCCAAAAUAACAUAAUAAUAAUAAUAACUGCCAUUUAUAUAGUGUCUGUUAUAUUUCAGAUGCUCUACUAAGCCCUUUACCAGGAGUAUCUCAUUCAGUCCUCAUAAACCCUCCCCCCCC